CCGCCGCAACAACAGUUCAGUCUGACGGCGGAGCUCGCCUCGCGUGCACCGUGGGCUGCCGAUCCAGAGCAUCGCAAAGCGAACUGCGCGCCGACUCCUGCGGACGACGAGGUUCUGCAUCCAGGGUUGCGGUAAGGCGAUGCAGUAGCUGGCAGCCAUGUCUUGGAUAGAAGACCCGGGUGUCGACGUGUUCAGGGGCCUCAACCUGAGGGACCUGGGUGUCGACCAGGCGUUCGUCAACGUGACGUCACAGAUCAAAGGAACCGACAAACUCUACCUGUACUCGCUCUCUGAGGAGUGCUACAAGUGUCCAUUCACACUUCUAACUGAUCCCAAUAAACCUCAAGAGACUCUGAAAAUUUCCACCCAAAGAAGGUACACAUGGAGGGUACUUACCAGCGUUGUGGGCACCGCCCUUCCUGCUUCAGAUUACAGUGCAGUUCUGUGCGAGACGUCUGCAGAUCUCGGAGAAUUUGGAGUGUAUGAACUCCAGGUGAAGCCUCAGGGUGGCAAUUCAUCUCAAGCAACAUGUGAAGUGCACACCAUACUGGAACCAGUCAACAUUUAUCUACCUCUUGUUAUAUGCAUACUUGGCCUACUGGUGCUGUGGAUAGUAUCAGCUGGAAUUCCAUUUAUUACAAAUCGUUGGUUUAAGAAAAAUAGAAUUAUCACACCAACUACUCAACAAAUGGAUUCCUUACCACGUGCCGAGAAGGACCAAAACCAACAACAGCAAGCAAAACAAAGGCUUAAAUCACUUGACACUUUUAGGGGGAUAAGCAUUGUGCUCAUGAUAUUUGUGAACGAUGGAGCUGGGAAAUAUUGGUUCCUUGAGCACACAACUUGGAAUGGUCUCAAUGUUGCUGAUGUGCUGUUUCCUUGGUUCAUGUGGAUCAUGGGUGUUUGUGUACCAAUAUCUGUUAGGUCCCAGCUGAAAAGGAACACACCGAGAUGCAAAAUAAUAGCUGGUAUUCUACGUCGAUCUUGCAUAUUAUUCUUGUUGGGCAUGAUGAUAAACACCUCUGGUGGCUACAACAAACUUGAGACAAUACGCAUUUUUGGAGUACUGCAGCGGUUUGGAAUUGUUUACUUUGUGGUUGCAACCCUAUUGGUAACAUUCACGUGCCGCAACUUUAAUCCCCCAAAGACUAAAUUGCUAGCAGCUAUGCAAGAUAUAAUAAUCCUGCUGCCACUCUGGGUUGUUGCUGCUGCAGCCAUAGCUGGCAAUUGUGCAAUUACAUUCUUUUUUGAAGUCCCAGGGUGUCCAAAGGGCUAUAUGGGACCUGGAGGUAUCCAUGAAAAUGGCCAAUUUGAGGAAUGUGUUGGUGGUGCAGUAGGCUACAUAGACCGUCUAGUACUGGGUGUAGAUCACCUGUACCAGCAUCCCACUGCUCAGGCUGUUUAUGGUUCUGGACCAUUUGAUCCAGAAGGAUUAGUUGGCUGUAUCACUAGUAUUUUUCAAGUCAUCCUUGGAGUCCAAGCUGGAACAACACUAAUACUCUUCUGGGAAUGGAAGUCAAGGAUUCUUCGAUGGCUUUCUUGGGGUACUAUAUGUGGAAUAAUUGGAGCAAUAUUAUGCUUGGCCAGCAAAGAAGAUGGCUGGAUACCCGUGAACAAGAAUCUGUGGUCACUGUCCUUUGUGCUGGUGACAUCAUGCUUUGCAUUCUACCUGCUGAGUUUUUGCUACUUCCUGAUUGAUGUCAAACAUUGGUGGAGUGGAGCCCCAUUUUUCUAUCCUGGAAUGAAUGCCACCAUAAUGUAUGUAGGACAUGAAAUAGGUCAUGAUCUGUUCCCAUGGCACUGGGCCAUAGGCAGGAUGAACACACAUUUCAUGUUGCUUAUAGAAUCAAUAUGGGGAACAGCCCUUUGGGUGAUAAUAGCUGUGUGGCUCUAUCAUAUAAAGUUCUUUUUGGCUUUAUAAUUCAAUGUACAAAAAUGAAAAUAUGACCUUUUUUUUUGUAAUGUAUAAAAUUUGUAAAUAUUCAUUUUUAAGUGAACAGUUUUUACUUUUAAUCAUAAAUAUUUGAAUUCAAUUUAUCUACUGACAACUACAGUGAAUGGACAUGAAUAUCAUAAUGCCAUACUACAUAUCACAGAUCAGACUGUACCUGUAAUCAUAUUAAAGAAUGAUUAUUUUUCUA